CUUCAAAUUUCAGUAACCAAAACCCAGCAUAAUACACAGGUGGGGAAUUUUCGGUAUGAUUUAUUUUUCGUAUUAUAGGUUAAUGAUGGGUUUUUAGUAGUUAUAGUAUGAUUUAAUUUUCGUAUUAUAGCGUAAUGAUGUUUUUAGUAGUUAUAUUGUUAUGUUAUUAUGAAUUAGUUAUCGUAGCAAUUGUAGUACUUAAUUUUUGAAUUUAUGUUGUUGUUAGUUAGUUGAAUUUAUGUUACGUUAGUUAUGAAAUGGAGUAAUAUUAGUCGUACAAUAUGGUUUUGGUUAAUUUUACUGUCUUUAAACUAAUAGUUUAACUUAUUGUAAAUUGUAGAUAUGGGUAAAUUCAAGAAGUUUCGGCUUAUUAUUCGGUGGAAUGGAAGGGUGACAAACUCUGACAUAGGCAUUGAUUAUGAGAACGGUGAAUCCACUAUGCUGAAAAUUGAGUCGCGAUUCAAUUUUCAAGAACUCCGUGAUAUUUGUGCAAACAGGGUUUGUACGAGCGGACAUACAAGACUUGACAAAAUUAGUUACCGAUAUCCAGACAUGAGUGCUGGCGGGGUUGUGUACCAAGAAGUUGUCAUAAACGAUGAUGACGCGGCUACGAUGAUGUUGGAAUUCCUAAGCGAUAACGGGAUGCGGCUUGCAGAGGUGUAUGUUGAGACCGAGGCGGUCGGUGAAACUCAUUCUCACCAGUAUUCUUAUGAUGAUGGUUUUGCAGGAGGGUACAGAUGGGAUGGUAGUUCGAGCAACUACGAAGGAGGUGGUUAUACAGGAGAUUAUGGCGAGGGUGGUAGUUCAAUCAACUACGGUGGAGGUAGUAGUGCAGGAUGGGUGUCGUCGGAAGAAUACUCGCAACAGGAUCAACCUGCCGAUGGCGUUCAAUGGCUUGCUUGGGGGCCUGAGUGGGCUAAAAUCGAGAAUACCAUUCGAGCAGGGCGUACAUCACAUGAGCGAGAAGACGAUGUUGGUGAUGGUGGUCAUGUUGAUCCUUCUGGGCCGAGCUAUCCAUUUGACUCAAGCGACGAGGAUAGUGAGGAAGAUUUGAGAUCAAUGAGCGAGGAGGAAGAUACUGAUGAUAACAACGAUGAGGCGACAUUUCGUGAGGCACUCACGCCAUACUACACACAGGUUCCAACUCAAUUUCUACAUAGUCAGAAUGAUGCCCCCGACUUUGUCCCUAUGUCAGUGUAUAAUCCGACGGCCGAUUUGGAGGUGGGUAUGACGUUCUCAUCGAAGGACGCUGUGCAGGAUGCCUUUACCGAAGAGGCCUUGAGGCGCAACUUCAAGUGGAAGGUAAAAUAUUCUGACAGUAAACAAUUACAUGUCAUAUGCAAGAAUGAUGCAAAGGGUUGUACGUGGCAACUGCGUGCUGCAAAUAUGAAGAGAAAGGGUGCCUGGGUGAUUCGAAAAGCCGAGACCAACCACACUUGCUUCUCGUCCAUACGUUCCCAGGAUCACAGGCAACUUAAAGCAAAGAAAAUUGGGAGAACUAUUAAACACCUUAUCGAAGCACAACCAGAUAUCAAAGUCAAAGCUAUCAUGGCCGAGGUGAAGGAUCGACAUUCUUACACGAUAAGGUACAAAAAAGUAUGGCAUGGAAAGCAGAAAGCCAUGGCUGAGGUGUAUGGUGAUUGGGAGGAUUCGUAUGCUUUACUCCCUAGACUUAUGGCCGCAAUGGAGGUGUCAAACCCUGGGACUGAUUUCAUGCCAGUAGACAACGAUGUAUACACUGAGGAUCAAGUUCGAGUACAGGAGAAGUUGAUGUUUCACCGUAUUUUUUGGGCUUUCAAACCAUGCAUUGACGGGUUUGGGUUCUGCAUACCGGUUAUUCAGGUAUUUUAAUACGUGUUUACUAUUUGAAAUGUUUCUAUUCUUGCAGACCAAGUAAAUUUCAUACUAAUUACUUCCUAAAUUGAUCCAGAAAAAUAAAACAAAAAAUGUCAUCAAUAAAGUGUUUCAAUGACA